CGCGGCACAACGGUUUGGGGCCGAAGGCAGGCAGCCCAUUCGAUGGAGGAGGCAUCGAGUGAUGCCAUGGAGCUCAAGCUGCAGCAGAAUCUGCUCAAGCAGCAUGAGAACUAUGCUCGACAGAAGGAGCUGCUCCAGAAGCUCAAGAUGCAAAGCGAGGCCACUGCGCGGAACCUUAGCAUGCCAUCGAUGCCCAAAACGACUUCGUCGAGUCCAGUGAGUCGUGAUAGAAGUAUUUACGCGGCUGCCGUGUCGCCCAGGCCGUUGUCGUCGUCCAUUAUGGAGUUGGCCAAGGACGACCAGCGCAUUCAAGACAUCUACUCGCAAGAACUCGUCAACGAUGGGCUGCGGAAACAACUGGAGCUCAUUCGGCGCCUCGAGAGCGACAACUCGCGCCUGCGGUCGGAAUCUGGGGCCCUUCGCACCCAAGUCACCCUCCUCGAAGACCGAUCCAAGCUCAAAGAGCGAGAGCUCGCGCGACAGGCGGGCGACUUGGAAGACGCGGGGGGCCAGCUACGCGACUUGCGCCAGGACCACCAGUAUGCGUUGCAGCAGGGUCAGCAGACCCAGCAGGCUCUAGCCAAAGUGACGCGGGUGAAGGAUGCCCUGGAGGAGGAGCUAAGGGCGGCGUUGGACACACAGAGGCGGCUACACGAGCGAAUCCACCUCGUGGAUAUGGAAGUGGACCAGGCCAAGGCCCGCGAAGCCGCGUUGGUAGCGCACACGAAAGCGCUUGAAGUCACGCAGGCCAAGCACGAAGCCACCAUCCACGACCUGCAACUGGAUAUCCAGCACCUCCAGGAGACGCUGUCGCAGAAGUCGGACCAGGUCACGGCGGUGCAGUCGUCCGCCACGUCGUGCGUCGAGCAUCUUGAAGCCAGCUUGAAAGCCGUUCAAGACAACUUGAGUCGCGAGCAAGAGAAGAGGCGGACGUGGGAGACGGCGUGCCACGGCCUCGAAACCGAGCUCGAGAACUUCAAGACCAACGAAGUGGCGACGAAGCAAGCAUUGGACUCGGUGCGCGACCUCCGCGACCGCAACGCCGCUUUGGAGGAGAAGCAGCCGUACUUUCACCAGUUGGAGCUCGAUAACAAGGACAUGCACGCCAAGCUACUCCUUGCGCAGAGGGAUCGGGAAGAGCACGAACGCCUUGUGGUGCAGAUGAAGCACGGCAUCUGGCAGACCACGACUGUGCUCAAGAAAGAGUUUGAAGCUAUACGCGCUUAUGUUGUGUCCAUGGAGGAGGAAGAAGGGGGUAUUUUGCUCGAAGAUGUCGAUGUUCAAGUCACGUCGUGGCACGAGUGUCCGACGGAAAUCCAGAUACUACGCAGUGUGCUCCAUCACUUCAAGCACGACUUGGUGCAUUUGAGCCAACGCAUGGUGGAAGGACGGGAGAAGGAGGCGGCUCUCCAAAACGAGGGCAACCAGCUGCAGACAAAGCUCGUGGCGCUGCGUCAUGACAUGAAGGAACUCACUCGGCAGCUCGACCAGCAGAAAGAAGCGUAUGCGAUUGCCGAGUCGGCGAGGGAGAUGUCGAUGCGGGAGAAGCGCGAUUUGUUGCUGUGGAGCCGCGCGACGUGCCAAAAGACGGAGCGGAUGGCGAGCGAGGUCGAUCAGUGGGAACAAUUCACGAUCCAGCAAGUCCACCGCAUGCACCGGUUGCCGUGGCAAGAGACAGUGGUCCCGAUCGCAGAGCUCAAGUACACGUCGUACGCAGAGCUUCGGUCGUCGUGGGAACAAGCACUGCAGUUUGUGCUCCACGAAGCCCACCAGUGCCACGUCAAGUGCAACCAAGAGACCCACCGCGCCAACAAAGAGACCAAGCGCAAACUGGAUCUCCAGAGACGGCUAGACUCUGGCGAGGCCGACUGGCAGAUCAAAUACACGGAAAAGGACAAGGAGAUGCAAGCGAUGCAGCUGCGCCACACCACUAGCCUGCAGACGCUGCAGGACCAGCAUCGGUGUCUACUCAAAGAAAACGACUCCCAGAUAGCCACAUUGACCCACCAAGUGGAGGACUUGACCGUCAAGUGGAAUGCCUGUGAACGCGACCGACAGAUGGUUCGAGACCAACAUGCAGUGUUGGAGGCCCAGGCGCCGUUGUAUGCCGGGAUCGCGCACAUGUUUGUCGUGUGUGUGCGUCCAAUGGUGCUUCAAAUCAGCGAACUGCAGACCCAAAAGCGGAUUCUGAGUCACCAGUUGGGCCAGUUGACCGUCCAACAAAAGGAAAUGGAGCAAAUCGCGGCCUUGUUCCAGUCCACGGAGCUCAAGAAGCCGCUCAAAGUCACGUUUCGGGCGGCGGCGCUCGCCGUGUUUGCCGCUAACCGGCUGCGGCAUGCCAGCGGUCGGCAGUACGGCCGCAACGAGGCGUUGGGGCUCGUGUUUCCCCAGCAAAUCGGUGUCGUCAAGCUGCUGUCCAUGUCCAGUGUCGAGUACUCGACCGAGGCACUACUUCGGCUGCAAAGCAAUGCGUUUGUGGAAAAGUGGACGCGGUUGGCGCAAUGUCCGUCGGCGUCAUCGUCGGUGGCGGCGGCACCCGGCGCGACCAAGCGGCAUAGUGGCAUGUACGGCCACUCGGGGCUGGGGGAGCUGGUGCUGUCGACGCUGGCGGCGAUCGACCCGUCGGGCGAGUGUGUGUUGACCAACACUCUGCAAGGGCACGCGAGUUUCCUAUGUGAUUUGCACCCGGUACGGUCCAACGACAAGCAGCUGACGGUGGACGUGCACCGCAUCCGCCGCAAGGUGCUCGAGUGGAUGAAAAAGGUGGAAAACCUGCAGUUCCAGCGCACGGCGCUGCAGAAGGACAACUACGCGCUGCAGUCGCAAAUCCACGAAAAGGACUUUGAACUGCGCGAGAUGGCUCUGCUCAACGCGAACGCCCAAGAACUCCAGGAAAAACUGACCAUGUACCAGACCCAUGACGGCCAUGGCAUCACAUUGCGCGAGUUUGAAACGUGCGCGGCCGCGUGCCAGGAAGCCGAGGCCCGCUGUGCCGAGUACGCCGUUGAGAUUGCCGACAAGAAGCGGCUGGUUAAGGAACUGCAGUCGCAGCUGGACACUACCUCUGGACGCAACCGACAGGUUGAAGAGCAGUUGGACGUGACGCGCCAAGCGCUGCUGGACGAGGAGGAGGCCGUCGUGUCACUCAAGGGCGUGGUCGCGCGGUACGAAGUCGAGAUGCGCAAGCUUACCCAUGCGGCGCACAGCGUUCAGUCGCAGUUUCACCAACGAUGCAACGAGAUUGAAAGCGACAAACUUGAGUUGACGGCGCUCUCGGCGCUGCUGCAAGAGACUCAGCGGAAGAACCAAACUCUCGAAGAUGAACUGGACCACAUGCACCAAGAGAUCAAGGCCAAGGCGAGCCACCACAAGGACUCCGCGCUGAGUCGACCAGGAGGCUCGGUGCACAGCCUUCACCGCCCGACCGACGGGUACGGAUGCCCCCGGCCCCUCCAUGCAUCCGCGUUGUCGUCGACGCAUGGAGAAGGAGGAGGGGGGGCUGCUAUUGAAUACAAAGACUUGCCCCACAGUCUCAAAGCAUCGCAUGCACGGAGCUCGUACCGGGACAAGAUGCACGUGGCCGACUUGGAAUCGAACGAAGAAGCGGUGAAUAUGGACAUUGACAAGGUCAACCUCGCGGUGCACAGCUACAUGGACCGUAUCGACAAGAAACUGCAGACCAUGUACGGCAUUCCUGGCUCGGACAAGUGGAAAGACUUCAAAUUUGGAGACUCCAACUCGUAGAGCUACUUAUAGGACUGUAGGCGGUAGGUAGUCAAUCGUUAUGGUCAACUCGAGGGUAUGAUUUCAAAACCCUUUUUCAGUCUCCGUGUUGAACUGGUUGCCAACUACACCAGAGAAACGUGGAAUCGACGGGCCUGGCGCUAUAUCAAGUGGACAUAUUAAUAAUAUAUGGACGACACUGUCCAGA